AUGGAUAUUGACAAGUUAAAGUUUGCUGUCAGCUGUUCUAGCAACAUGAAUAGAAGUAUGGAAGCACAUAGCUUCUUGCAAAAACGUGGGUUCAACAUCGAAUCAUAUGGUUCUGGAAACCAGGUAAAACUUCCCGGUACAGCAAUAGAUAAACCCAACUGUUACGAGUUCGGAAAGACAACAUAUGACUUCAUCUAUAACGAUUUAAAGGCAAAGGACUCAAUAUACUACACUCAAAAUGGCCUGCUAAAUAUGCUUGAUAGAAAUCGACGUAUCAAACCGGCUCCGCAGAAAUUUCAACACGAAGACAAAGAAUUUGAUGUCAUUAUUUGCUUAGAAGAACGAGUUUACGACCAGGUGGUUGACCAUCUUCACACCCGGUCUAUAACAAGUGGCAAUCCAGUGCAUGUUAUCAAUAUCGACAUAGAGGACAAUCCCGAGGAGGCUACUAUUGGAGCCUGGUUCGUAUGUGAACUUUGUGGUAAAUUGGAGGAGUGUGACGAUCUAGACAACGAAAUAGACGAAAUCUUGGCAGAAUUCGAAGCGAAAAAUCAGAAGCGGAAUAUUUUACAUACAAUAUGUUUUUACUAA